CAAAUUUUACCGUUAAACACACGGAAAUAGUUAAACUAGAUCCAACUUCGUGGUAUCGUGGUUAUACAUGACGUGGUAAGAACAUAUAAAAUGUCUGGUAUACUAAAAUCUUACCAUGUAUACCAACCAAUCACAGAAGAGUGUUUUUAUGCACGUACACGUACACGUAUGUAGUGGAAACCCGCCUUAAAUCCAUAAAUUUAAUAUCGACGACCGCGGUCGUCAUUCGAAUGGUGGUGAAGUUACAGGGGUCGAAUUUUCUACCAGUGAUGUUGUCGACUUUGACGCCGACGAAAACCGCUGUUUCGGUGUUCCCAGUACCCAAGCCUGUGGGAGAAUAAAAUAUUACCUGUAUAAAAUAUUGACUCUACACUGGCGUGCCGGUCGAAGACUCAGUGGAUUUAUUAUUCUCUAGCGGAUAGACUUACAAGCUCGAUUAAAGAGAGCACAAAGCGCGGAUAUGCGUUCACCGACUCACAGUCGACAAACAGCCGGACAAAUGUUUAAAAAUUAAAAAAUGUUUCAUUUGGUACGUUCAAAGGACUUUUACGAAAUGGAAACUGAGUACAACAAAAACAUGCUACCAGGCAAAGACGUAGACGUAUCUCUAUCAUUGCACAUUAAUCGAAUAUCUGGCGUAGACGAGAGCAAAGAGGAAAUAGCAUUAGACGUGUUUUUGCAUGUGUACUGGGAAGACCCCCGAAUCUGGAUUUUGGGGAAUGCGAGUCAAGUGGAACUAACCUGGGACAAGGACCCGAAGUUUUGGAUCCCUGACCUAUACAUCAGGCAACUGAGAGAGAUGAAAGUGCUAACGCUGUUCCAGGACUUAGCAUCGAUACGAUUAUACGAUAACAGCACGCUCCGAAUUAGCAUUGGAGCAACCAUAAUAAUCAAGUGUGACAUGGACUUCGUACUUUAUCCGUUGGAUGUACAAACUUGCGCUGUAGACUUCGGCAGCUACAAAUACACGCUGACAGACAUGAAAUUCCAUUGGAGAGAUGAUCCAUUGAUUUUCCCCAGCGACUUUGGAGAUGGAUUUCGAUUACCUCGUUACGUUGUAUCGUUUGUCACUGAUAAUCGUUUGAAUGUGAUUUAUUACGGCGAUGGUAAUCAUUCCACGGCUCGGCUUGUGAUUACGCUCAGUCGCGAACUCAGAAGCCACCUGCUAGAAAGUUACUUGCCAAGCACUCUAUUCGUUGUCAUGUCUUGGGGCAGCUUCGUGGUAAUGCCUGAAGUUGUGCCUGGUAGAAUGGUGCUACUGGUCACAACACUUCUGUCACUGGUCACCAUGUUCGAUACUAUAAGCAUACGUGGUGCUUUUGUCUACAAAUGGAGCAAUGUAAAAAAGAACAACUCGCCGAGCGCGCUGGAACUGAAAUGCAUCGAAGUGUGGCUGAUAUCAUGCACGCUGUUCGUGUUCCUGGCGCUGGUCGAGUACUUUAUCGUGCUAUUCGGUAUGAGAUACGAUAAACAUUGGAGGCAUAAAAAACACGAUCUGGACGGCGGUGGAGGCGCUCCAAGCAGACUGCCAUUAUUUGGGUCCAACAAAGUUCACGCAACAUCCGGAAACGAUGUGUCUGGAGAAGAAGAUUCGGUAGGUGCGACUGCAAAGGCUCAACUUCCCGCACCACAGCCGCAAAUGUUGACGACGAACAACAAUGGACCAGCGCAGGUGGUUACAUCCGCUGGAAAACUGCGGUUCCAGUUGGUUGCUAGACACGUCAUAUUGUAUUGCGGAUCACCAAGAGGCACCCUCGACCAGGUGUCAUUAGCACUGUUCCCGUUGUGCUUUGUCCUUUUUUCCGUCAUGUACUGGAUAUCGUACAUUAGCGAAUCCAGGCGGAAAUCGUUGGCGGCCGUCGUCUGAGAACGUCUUCAAAAAUAAUAAUAUCAUAUGUCAGUGUCAAGUGUGUUCACCAUACUACAGAUAUUAUUUUAUUAUAUUGUAUUUUUAAGCAAAAUUUGUCUUUUAUACUUGUUUAUAGAGUUAGUGUAACAUAUAGACAUUUUAACUUUUUUUUAAGUAAAUUAUAUACAUUUUCAAGUUAUUUAUAUCCAUAUGCCAUUGAGUUAGUAUAAUUAAUAUGUACUAACUAAAAAAUAACUUUUAUACAUUUAAAUAUUCACAAAUGUUUUUCACUUUCUCAUAUUCGAAACUACACUAUUUUUCUGUUGUAUGGAUAUAAAAUAUUGUUGAGUAUAUCGAAAAUAUAUCGAAAAAAUAUUUCUAAUUCCAUGAGUAAAAAAAA